AUGGCCCUGCUCUCCGUGCUUGUCGAUGCCUGGUUGGCUGGCGUGUUCUUUGCCAGCGGUCUGCUGUGCGUUGGUCUGCAAAUCUUGACACUUCCCAUUUGGGUCUUUUCGCGCAAACAUUAUCGCUUGGCCAACUCAGCCAUCGUACAACUCUACUGGACGGAGUUGUUGUGGAUGCUGGAACAAUGGUCCGGCUGUCGUCUGGUCGUGUAUGGCAAGGACGAGGACCUCGAGCUCAUGGGUACUGAAUCAAGCGUGGCGCUUUGCAAUCAUGUCUCCAAUGUGGACUGGCUCAUUGGCUGGCUCUUGGCCGACAAAUUCGGCGUGCUCGGGGGUGCCAAGUGCUUGCUGAAGAAGGACUUGGCCUUCUUACCCGUACUGGGUUGGAGCUGGUGGUUCCUGGAAUAUACCUACAUCUCCCGAAAUUGGGAGAAGGACGAGAAGAAGAUUCACCAGGGCCUUUCGCGCUUGCAGGAUUACCCCUUGCCUUUUUGGGAGGUGAUUUAUGCUGAAGGCACGCGCAAGACGCCGGAAAAACAUGCCAAGGGUCUCGAGUUUUGCCGCCGCAACAACUUGCCCGAGUUUCAGCACGUCAUGUACCCUCGCACCAAGGGCUACGUUGUGGCCAUGGAAGAGCUGCGCAAGCACACGCAAAGCGUGUUGUGCUGUGUGCUGGCCUUUCCAAAUGGCGAGCCCAAUGCCAUGUCGAUCUUGUCAGGCUCCAAGGCGUGUCGAUUGGAUGCGUAUGUGUGGCGAGUGCCAAUUGAGCAGGUGCCUGCGGAUCCCGAGGGCAGUGCCCAAUUUUGUGUUGAUGCCUUUGCUACGAUGGAUAAGGCCUUGGCUUAUCAUGCGGAGCACGGCUGCUUUGAAGAGAAGCGCCACGACAUGCCCGUGCGUGCUCGCUCGGCCUAUGUCUUUUGGGGGUGGUCCAUCUUGUUUGCGGCCUUGCUGGCCAUGUAUCAGGUGCCGCGGCUGUUGGAGGGCCACUUUUCGCUUCUGUAUGUGGGCGGGGCCUUGGUGUUGGCAAGUCAAGCUUUGACCCUUUUCUCAAUGCGCUUUGAGGCCAAGAGCCAGCUGAAGAGCAAGGUCAAAAAGACCGCUUAGGUUUCCGAUGCUGCUCUCUUUGCUGGUUGGGCAUUGUAGCGAUCGCAGGCCUGGUAUUCCUGUCAUCUCACGGGAGCACCAGCCCAAGUUGCUGGGCCAGUGAGGCUGUGCAUGUAGUUUUUGGGUGGGCAGGCGGAGGCUUGGUCUUGUUUGCGAUGAUGAUGAUGGUUGUCUGUGUUGUAGCUUGUGCCUUGGACUGUUGACUCUUCUUGAAAUGGUGUUUGUCAGCCUAACUCACUGACGGGGGUCAUGCGAGGACUUUUGAUGAAAAUCGAGGCACGCGGACUUCUGUCUGCUUGUAUGC